AUGUUUAGCUAAUAAAAAGGUUAAAUUAAGUUAAAUGAUCUCGAAAAAUUAGUAUUGCUGAACUAACCUACAAAAUUGUUUGUCCCACACUGUAGGAGAUAUUAACUUGGUGUUUAUAUAGGAGAUUAAACCCAAAAUUUAGAAUAUUAAAACUCAUUAGAUAGAGUAUUGUUACUAAAUAGCUGGAUUUACUAAGUGAGAUUAGUAGGAAGACAUAAUCUUUUUGUUAUGUCAUUCACAAGAUAAGGCCAAUAUCUUAAAUUUUAAGGAACUUUAUUACAAUCUUAAUAGCAUAUCCCUUCAUACAAAAAAUAUCCAUUGAUACAUUAUAAACAAAUAUUAUCGUUGUCACAAAUUUAGCAAGGUGAAUUACAUGCUUGGCAUGUAUAGCAAGGAUUAGACCAGCAGUUAAAUUAUUUAGCUAAGUAUUGUGAGCUUAAAGGGCAGAGACAUCUACCAUUAACAAAGAUGAGAUCACUGGUACAAGAUAAGCAAUCUGAAACGUUUGGACCACUGCAUGUAAAGCAUGAAUAGUGA